CAGUGACAGAAAAAUACUCGCUAGAACUCCUGAGGUAUCUGUGAAGACUUGUAAGACAUUUCUUCCUACUUGUUGGUGUGACAGCUCUGUCCAGUGGCCUGGAUCACUCCUCAAUGACAUCGAGGGAUGGGGAAGGAGUGUGUUACACAUCUCUGAUUUCCGACAUCUGCUACCCGUCUCGAGAGGAGUCCACCUACUUCACUGGGAUUCUUCAGAAGGAAAACGGUCACAUCACUGCUUCUGAGAGCUCCGAGGAGUUGGGGAUCUCCGGACCCUCCUUACCAGAUGUGCCUGGGAUAGAGCCGCGAGGCUUGCUUAGCUCUGAUUCUGGAAUAGAGAUGACUCCUGCAGAGUCCACCGAAGUGAACAAGAUCCUAGCUGACCCUCUGGGCCAGAUGAAAGCAGAAGCCUGUAAGUACAUUGACAUAACAAGGCCAGAGGAGGUGAAAUGUCAAGAACAGCAUCGUCCUCAGUUGGAGGAUAAAGACUUGGACUUUAAGAGCAAGGACAUUGAGAGCUCAACCAAAGCAGGAGGUGUCUGUGAACCUGACAAACCAGCUCCUGUGGAGGGGAAAAUCGUCAAGGACCACUUGUUUGAAGAAUCCACCUUUGCUCCUUACAUAGACGACCUCUCUGAGGCACAGCACAGCACUCCUCUGGUCACGGCCCCCAUUAAAAUCACGCUGACAGAGAUUGAGCCUGUUGUCAUGACUGCUGUCCAAGACAAGGCCCCAGAGAAGCAAGACACCUGUCUGAAGCCAAGUCCUGACACAGUCCCCACUGUCACAGUCUCAGAGCCUGAAGAUGACAGCCCAGGGUCUAUCACUCCUCCAUCUUCUGGAACAGAACCAUCUGCCUCCGAGUCCCCGGGGAAGGGCGGCGUUUCUGAGGACGAGCUUGUCACUGCCAUCCAGGAAGCAGAGGGGCUGCGCUUCGAGCCCGCGGGGGCUUGGAAGGUAGCACCUGGGAGCCUGUACGUGUCUGUGUGCCUCACAGUUCUCUUGGGCAUCCCCGGAGCCGUGCCAGUGGAACCACCGUUGUGGCUUCAGGGAGAAAAUGAGGAGUCCCCCAUCUAA